AUGAAGCUAUCAGCAGCAGCAGCAGCAGCAGCAGCAGCAGUCUCAGAGGCAAACAAAAUCAAGCGUUCGAUUAAAACGGCGCCAAUUGCGAUGGCGGCCUUUCUCGGUAACGACAUCAGCAGCGGCAGCCCCAGCAGCUCCGCUGGGAUACGCAGCAGUGCCACCGCAGCCGCAGCUGCAACGGCAGCACUCAACGGCGGUGGUGGUGGUGGCGGGGGGCGUGGCGGUGGUCGCCAGGGUGCGGCCAAUGGCGGCACUGGCAGCGCAUCGAACUCGGGUCCAUCGGCAUCGUCCAAGUCGGAAAAGCAGGACGACAGCGAGGAGGGUGGCAUUGGCAUCCUCUGUGGCUGUGGCAACAGGGCCCCCAAGUCCCAUUGCAUAUCCGCAACAGGCGUGCUGCUGCUGGUGCUGCUGUACACCGCCAUGGGGUCGAUCAUCUUUGUGACCCUCGAGGGUGAGCUGGAGGACGGCAGUGCCGUGGAGACGGCUGUGGCCGCCUCCAAGCCAUAUCCACGCACCGAAUUGGCCAACGCCGAGAUACGCUCCAGAACUGUGGACCGCUUGUGGUCGAUAACGGAGGAUCUCAAUAUACUGUACAAGGAGAACUGGACUCGUCUGGCUGCCCAGGAGGUUCAACUGUUUCAGGACACACUGCUGCGGGCCGUUCGCCAGUCAAAGGUUUAUCCACCAGGCGGCAUCCAGAUGAAUGCACCGACCCACAAAUGGACCUAUGCCUCGGCCUUUCUCUACUCCAUGACAUUAAUUACAACGAUAGGCUAUGGCGGCGUCUCGCCACGCACCCAAUGGGGCCGCAUCGCCGCUCUGAUUUACGCCCUCCUCGGCAUACCCAUCAUACUGCUCUACUUGUCAGCCAUGGGCGAUGCACUGUCCAGCGGCAUGCGCUGCCUGUUCCGUCGCCAGGGCGGUGAGAAGGGUGGGGCAGGCGAUGGGGAUGGCGUCGACAAUGGAGGCAGCGGUGGCAACGGACGAAAAUCGGACAAGAAGAAGGCAAAGAAGGGGCACUACGGACACCAUGGUGGUGGCAACAAUAUGCACUACGGCAUGCCGCAAACCGUCUACCAGCAGCAGCAACAGCAGCAGCAGCAGCAACAACAGCAGCAGCAGCAGGAAAAGAAAAGCUCUGCUGAAUCGGAAAACGAACAGGGAACUGGACCCCGGGGCUCCGCCAGCGUGCCCAUCUCGAUCUGUGUGUGCGUGAUGGUCUGUUAUGUGACCAGCGGUGCCAUACUCUUCCACCGGCUGCAGAACUGGAGCGUGCUGGAGUCACUGUACUUCUGCUUCACCUCGCUGGGCACCAUCGGCUUCGGCGAGCUGGCCCCCAGGGGCACACUGGCCCUGUACAUGGCCUCCGCCUAUAUACUGGUGGGCAUGGCCGUGGUGGCCAUGUGCUUCAACCUGAUCCAGGCCGAGAUUGUGCAAUGGCUGCGCAAGUUCAGCGUGCAGGACAACGUGACGCCCAAGGCCGAGGAGGUGACCCUCGUGUCGGUGUCCGUCACCCCGAAGCCCUCCUGACAACGACCUAGCGCGGACCUGCUGGGCGGCAUCGCCGGCGGUCCCAGCACCUCCUCCGGUCUGGGCGUGGGCGUGGUAGGCCAGCCACCCAAUAGCCUGGCCCAGCACCAGACCAUGUUCUUCGGCCCGGCCCACACCCUGACCCAGUACAGCUCGCUGCCCCGCCGCAGCCACAUGCAUGGCGGCCACGGGGUCGGACCAUCGUCCUCGGGAGCGGCCUUCCAGCGCAACACGCCCAUCCGACGCUCCACGGGCAUACCGGAGCACCACAUGGAGUACUUUGUGCCGCGCAGCAUCAGCGAGUUCAACCUGUCGGGCGUGGGUGAUCUGGCCCUGCCCCCGCCACGUCGCUACUCCCCCAACAUGAAUAACAUGGGCAUGGGCACGGGCAUGGGAAUGGGCAUGGGAAAUGGCAUGGGUAUGGGCAUGGGCAUGGGAAUGGGCAUGGGCAUGGGUAUGGGACUGCCGCAUGGCCUGCAACUGGGACCACCGCAGACACUGCUAUGUGGCGGCGGCCCCCAGCAACAGCAGCAACAACCACCGCCGCCGCCGGCCCAGCUGCAGAUAGUCACCCUGAAGCCGCGCAGCGAGAAGAUGGUCACCUUCGAGGACGAGUCCAAGCAGCAGCAGCAGCAGGCGCCGCCACCACCCUCCAUUGUCUCCUCCGGCGUGAACUCUGUGACGGCGGCGACCACACAUUGUCCCCACGGGGUGCCAACCACGCCGCGCAAGUCCUCCGGCAUCGGUGGGUUGGGUGGCGGUGACAUCUUCAUGUGACCAGCCAGCUGACUAGCGGCGGCGUCCAGUGACUGCUCGCCAGUGGCAUCCGGUGCCGGUGCCAGUGCCGGUGCUGGUGCUGGUGCUGGGGCGGCAUCUGAGCUGAAUGCAGCGAUGCGUCUGCGGGAUAGCAUUGACGAGGCGCUGUGCCCCAAGUCGGGACCGGCCCCAGGUGAGGUGAUACGUGUCUAAGUGAAUCAAGCCAAAUGCUCACACUGUAAGUAAUUGCACACAC